UAGAAAGAUAGAUCGAUCGAUAGAUAGAUAGAUAGAUAGAUAGAUGAUUGUUGUUGUUUAAUUGUUUAUGUUUAGACAAUUUAGGCCUUAAAAAUAAGGCCUUUUCCUUUAAAAAAUAAACAAACACAAAAUAAUAGUCACCGGUCAGCACAUGACUGUCUGUAUACAGCUGUCUGUCAUAUACUGGUUAUACACAGGCUGUCGCUGUGUUUGAAUGUCCAAGCACGAGACAUAAUGAAGGGAGGUGAGAGUUAUGUGCGUGUGUGUUCGGUAAUGCCACAGUGAAGACUCAGCACACCAUUCAGAGGACGGCAGAGGCCACGAGGAAGAGUCCGGGUCGUCAGCAGCGGACUGUGAGAACAGAUGCCUCUUCUCCUCCUAUACGGUUUCACAUUAAGGCUAAUUGUGACCAACCAGGGAAGGAAUUCCUCAGGAGCCGGAGCAGCAGGAGCUACAUCUUGCCAAAACCCGACUUUACGCCAUGGUUGUCCCAGAGUCACAGGAUAAGCAACAACCCACAAGCAUCUCUGACAGAAGAGGCCCCAGCCAACAGUACAGCUCACAGCCGUCCUCAUCGCAUCACGCUGGUGGUCCACAACAUUUCAGCUCCAAUGACAAUACCAUUCUCCAAUACGAGCCACAGGAGUACACCGAGACAGACUUUCUGCUCCCCGUUAAACUCUAUGGUAGGUCAAGGGUCAGCGAAUCCACAACGGCAAAGGAUGAAGUUGGCUCGGUCGCACCUGCGGAGUCUGUCUGUUCCAUGGUGCUGCAGAUCCUGGUGCCAUUUCUACUGGCCGGGUUCGGGACAGUUUCCGCCGGGAUGCUGCUGGAUGUGGUUCAGAACUGGGACGUGUUCCAGGAAGUGACAGAGAUCUUCAUCCUGGUCCCUGCUGUUUUAGGCAUGAAGGGGAACCUGGAAAUGACUCUGGCCUCUAGACUCUCCACUGCUGUGAACGCAGGGAAAAUGGGAUCUGCCAGAGAAAAGUGGAUGAUGAUUGUUGGGAACCUGGCGCUCAAACAGCUACAAGCCACAGUGCUGGGCCUAUUGGCCUCCCUGCUGGCGACUGUCUUGGGCUGGAUGGCAGAGGGAAAGAUGCCCUUUAAUCACGUGGUGCUUCUGUGUUCAACUAGUGUUUCUACGGCCUUCAUGGCCUCAUUGCUGCAAGGUAUCAUCAUGGUGGCAGUGAUCAUUGGCUCCAUGCGAAUGGGAAUCAACCCUGACAAUGUGGCAACACCCAUGGCAGCCAGCUUUGGGGAUCUCAUCACUCUCGCCCUGCUGGCCUGCUGCGGUCAGUGGUUCUACUCCUUAACAGAACUGCAGCCCUAUGUGCUAUAUCUGGUGGAUAUGUUGAUUUUGUGCCUGGUCCCUCUCUGGGUGGUCAUCGCCUCCAAGCACCCAGACAGUCACAUCAUGCUCCGCACAGGUUGGGAACCAAUCAUAACCGCAAUGGUCAUCAGCAGUAUCGGAGGACUUAUACUGGACAAGUCUGUGUCAGAUCCAAACUUGGCAGGAAUCAUUAUAUAUGCGCCAGUCAUAAAUGGGAUUGGAGGAAACCUUGUCUCCAUACAGUCUAGUCGUAUGUCGACUAAUCUGCAUUUAAAUUUCUCACCCGGAGAAGUGUCUGAGGACCGGAGGAGCUGCCACAUGCCUUGCAGCACUUUCUUUGGUUCAGGAGCAAACCAUCGCUCUGCCCAGAUUCUGCUUCUUUUGGUCAUCCCUGGUCAGUUAAUCUUCAUAUACACCAUUCAUCUAAUGAAAGGAGGCCACACAUUUCCCAGUCUUCUCCUGACUAUUGCCUUCUUGUCUGCUUCCCUGAUUCAGGUCUUCUCUCUGCUGUGCAUAGCGGACUAUUUGGUCCACUGGCUUUGGCGGAGGUGUAAAGACCCCGACAGUUACUCAAUACCCUACCUCACAGCCCUCGGAGACCUUCUGGGGACUGCUCUCCUCUCUCUUGCCUUCCUCAUUCUUUGGGGCAUUGGUGACAUGGGCAGUGUUUAAGCUCAAAGCAAACAAGAGAAAAGAAAAAAACAAUAGAGAUGCAUACUUAUCCAAACAGUGUAAUUUUAAUUAAUAGGGUUGACAUAAAACGAAAAUUAAAACAUUAAAAAAACACCCAUGUUAACAUUAUUUGAGUAUUAUCCUGCUCAGAUUGUAGAUGUUUUUUAAAAAUGUGCCUAUGAAAGUGAGACACGAGACGAGAGUUCUCAACUGAGCCAAAUUAAAUGCACGCGUGGGUCAAUGCUCAUUUUGUGAUAAUCUUCGUUAAGCAUAAUAAAAAGUUGUUCUCUAAGAGGCUUCUCUGAAGAACACUGAUCGAAACUACAUUCUGUAUCUGGUAAGUAAUAACAAAACAUACAAAAAGAUUAUUGGAUUGAAAUAAAUCAAUUGUAUCUUCUAAUUUUAGUGUUUUGAAAACAAGUGUGAACAACGUGUUGGACUCCCCUGAGUGGGAGAAUUCUGCCAACGGAUUAUGAAAGAGAACAUAUUUCAUGGGUACUGUGAAUAGAUUGCAUAUCGUUUCACUUGUGCCACCUGCAUGGCCUCAGCUAUUCUACAGAUUGUAAACACGUCUCUUCUCUCAGGUGUCUUCCCACCGGCCCUGAAAACUGCUUGUUAUCAAGUCACUCUUAAUAAAAGAACAAUUUGGACACUUCAUAAAAGGCCCAUACCAAACCUCGCGUUUCUGAGCAAAAUCAUUGAAAAAGCAGUUUUUUAAGCAGCUGAACAAAUUCAAGGCAAAAAACAACUGUUUUGAUGGGGUCUGACAGCUCCUUCAUUGUUCAGCAACUCUUUUAUACACGGACUCAAUGUGGACGAAGAGUGGACAAUCACAUAGGCACCGGACUGCUGUUUGCUAAGAGGUGAACCUUGUCCCUCCUUGCAGAGGCUGUGGGGGCAUAUUGAUUCAUCAGCUUGUCCCUAUGGGGUUUGUCGGUUCAUGCUUAUCGAAUAACAUGUUUGGCAGAGCAAAGGACAUGUAUAAUGAGCGACAUGUAUAAUGAGCGACAUGUAUAAUGACGAUGCAGACACAGCUCCUAAAUUUACAAUUUCUAUUAUCGAUUAUCACAACAUUUUACUAGACAAACUGGAAAACUGUGUGGGAGUCUCGGGUACAGUAUUAAACUGGUUUAAAUCCUAUUUCAAAGAAAGGGACUACUUUUUAUCUAUAGGUAAUAACACAUCUGAGCGGGCAAAAAUUACAUGUGGAAUUCGCCAAGGCUCCAUUCUGGGGUGUCUUCUGUUCUACAUCUACAUGCUCCCACUGGCUCAGGUCAUGGAUAACCAUAAUUAUCCAUGUAGAAUGGUCCACCUCACGUCAAACUCAAUCUGACAGUUUUAUCACCCCCAAUAAAUCAUCACAGGACCCCUUACUGCAGGGACGAACAGAGACACUCCCAGGUUGCUUUGGCUUACCUACAGUAUUGAUAUACUUGAUAGUUAAACGCUCAUCUUUAAUAAAGCUACAUGGAAAGUGUGAACUGAUAGCUUUCCCAUCUCUUACAACAACGAGCUCUUUGUCAUUUUUAUUUUUUGCAAUUAAAUUGCAAACUUCUUUUCAGUGAGUCCUCAACAGUUCCUAAAUGGUUGCAGGUAACAGAAGUGGGCAUCUUCCCUUUUAAGUACCACUCGAAUGAAUGUGUUGUAUGUGGUUCCUAAGAAUGAAAAAAAAAUCGUAUUCAAUUCACUCACGAUG